UUGACAUUAGACAAAUAAUUAAAAAAAUGUUUUCAAUUUUGACAUUCAAAUAGAUCUUUCAUGAUCUUUCAUCAUUCUAUUUUCAAUGUGAUGCCUAUGUAAUUGUGACGAUUCGCUCUUUUUCAAUCAUGAUGUGAUUUUUUACCGGGUGACACAUUUCAUAGUUAAGUAAUUCCAGAAAAAUACCUCAAAAAUGAAAGAUACGAAAGAAAGGACAAUGUCUGGUAGCAGCACCAUGCUAAGUAAUGACUACACGGCUGCUUUCAGUUCUAUAAAUGAAAGACCGGUAGAUGAUAUUUCCUUAGAAUUUUUUUACAAACCGCAUACGAUUACUUUGCUGGCAGUAUCUAUUGCAUCAGUAAUAUACACAGCGUUUGUAAGAGAUGAAUCCAGCAUUCAAGACAAUAUAUGGUCAGGAAUAUGCUGUGUCGUUUUCUUUUUCCUCAUAGUAUCUGUUCUAACAUUCCCUAAUGGACCAUUCACACGACCACAUCCAGCCGUCUGGAGAAUUGUAUUUGGCACAUCAGUUCUGUACUUACUGGCACUGUUGUUUCUAUUAUUUCAAAGUUAUUCUACUGUUUAUGAAAUAAUGUAUUGGAUUGAUCCAAAUCUGCGCAACUUCCACAUUGAUAUGGACAAGGUAAGGGCAUUUUGCAAACCAAACUUGUUUGACUGUGACGAUUUCAGGGAUAUAUCAUCGACUACUGGUAAAAUAAAGCGUGCAAUACUGCAAUUCACACCUGUGCAAUGGACACCAGUCCGGUGGUUAGAUCCUACAAGUACUUAUAUGCGAUUCUGUGCAUUGAGUCAGUUGGUUGUGUUUUGGCAAAUUUCUGAGUUAAAUACUUUUUUCCUGAAACACAUAUUUGAGAUGCCACCCUCGCAUCCCCUAGUCAUCGCUCGACUUUGUCUUAUAGGAGUAAUUGUAGCUCCAUCUGUAAGGCAAUAUUACACAUAUGUUACUGAUCCCAAUUGCAAGCGUGUUGGUACCCAGUGUUGGGUAUACGGAGCCAUUAUGGUGACUGAAUCUAUGCUGUGCAUUAAGAAUGGCAAAGAACUUUUUGGUCAAGCUCAAGUGUGCAAUGUGAUUGUAUGGCUAGUCAUUCAAAUUUUAGUAUCAAUUGGCUGUGUGUAUGGUGUAGUGCUCUAUCAUAGAUAUUUUGAGCCAAAUAGCGACUCAAAUGCAGAAAGUCCAAAAAAAAUUGAUUAAAAAUUUAGUCGAUGUUGAACAGAAGAUUUUAUUUAGUUAUAUACUGCGGUGACUACCCAUUGACAUCCAUGCAUCAAUGCUGCAGUUGCAGCGUGCUCAGUGAAUUCUUGUGUUAGUGAGUGUUUGUUGUUAUAAUUGCCUGGCUUUCUAUGAUGGAUUGUAGGUAUGUAAGUCUACUUUGGUAAAGAUGUGAUUUUACAGUGAUGUAUAGAUUCGUAAAGGUAAUGUAAACGGCCAAAAGAAAGUCCACUUGCUACUUCCUAUUGAUAAUGUUUAAUCCUGUUUGUACUCCAAAUGUUUAUUUCGAAUAAUAUAAGAAUGAUUGCAUGUAUAACAUACUAGCCAUAAAAUAUGUAGUUCCCGUUGUCUGUAUUCCCGACCCACCAUAUUAAGCAUAUGUUAAUAUCUUUUUAUAUGUACCAAAGUGCACGUACAUGUGUACGUUUGUAACGUGCAGUGUUACGAAGUCACAAUAGAACUAACUUAAGUAUCGGCAGAGCGCUUAAAACAAUAAUUAUACAGAUGUCCCUGAAGUCGACGUCCAAACGAUACCAGGCAAUCUACAAAGUUACAACUGUUAGAUAUUAGAAAAAUAUUAAAUUUCUAAGUAAGUACAGUCAGUGAUUUAUUUGUUAUUCACGUAAAACUAUAGCCUGUGAUAGUAUUUUAAUCUUUGUGACUAUAAAUUUUUACUUUUUCCUAUGUAUCCUGAAAUCCUGAAUAAUGCUUCAGUAAUAUGGAACCUUAAAUUCUGUGCCAACUGGUUUAGUUUGGAAAAUCCAAUUAAUAUUCGCAAUAAAUUCACCUUACUAAGUAAUCUCAGAUAAUUAUAUAAUAAUAGUAUAAUUACUGAAAAAAAAUGUAGGUAACGCUAGUACGUUGAACAGUUACGGAAUUGGUAUACCACUUACUGCAUUGUCUACGUUACUUCUUAAAUUCGACACAAUUAUUUUUUAACCAAACUCUGUUUUAAACAAUUUCUUUCCACUUCUAGUGUACCCUAAUGGUACAAUAAAACCUCGUACCCAGUAUCCAACAUUUGCCACGCAUAUAUCGCAUUGCUAAACAAUGAAACAGGUUAUAAAUGGUGUGUGUGUAAUUUCGCUCCCAACAUUUGUCGGGAAUUUUGUCGUGAAACACUAUUCAGGAUAAGGUAAGAUAAAGUUCAGAUAAAAAAGUAAAGAUUUUUAGCAACAGGAGUUAAGACUGUAACAGGUGUACCUUUUUUGUGAAUAAUAAAAUCACAGUAAUUUGAAUA